AUGGUGCCGCUAUAUGGGAUACCGAGACAUCGUGGCAUCAAUUUCUUUUUGCCAGCAUUCUCCUGCCUGUGGCUCAAUGAGGAAGACGUUGGACAGGAUAAAUUGAUUUCCGAAUUAGUAAGCGGAUUGGAGGAAGACGAAACACCUCGUGUCGAGGUGGUUCUGGAGGAGGGAGUUCUCAUUACGGAGGAAAAUCGGGAAAACGAAUGUCCUGACCCAUUAAAACAAUUGAUCCAAUGCUUCCAACGUGCUGCCACCAGUGAGGAGAGUCAAGCGCAGCCAAUUCACGACGACACUUUGUACAUCCGCUUUGCCGAUGUUAUGGCUCAAUCUAUCCACAUCGAAGAAGAAGAUGGUGAUGACGGCGAAGAUGCGGAAAUCGACCAAGCACAAAAAGAAGAACAAUCACAAGCGCUUCGCGCCGAACAAGGAAUUCUUGCCGAUCGCGGUGCAGCUAUUAUGUGCCUCAUGUAUCUGUCAGCAAGUAAUGGGGAACCCAAUGAUAUGGUCGCUAAAACGCUAGAACUUGGCAUUCAUCUUCUUUCCGGAGGAAAUGUGGAUAUUCAGCGGAUGUUGAUCGAAUAUCUACAAUUGAAAAAAGAUGUUCGAUUCUUCACCUCUGUUGCCGGCCUCAUGAACAAGUGUUCAGUUUUGAACUUGGAAAUGUUCGAACGUCAGAUCAAAGCUGAAGGUCUUGGAAUGGGGGCGGAGCUAGCUGCAGGCGACAAUCAGAACCUCAACGAUGCAGAUUUCACAUGCUCGUUGUUCCGAUUCUUGCAACUCACAUGCGAAGGCCAUAAUCUGGAUUUCCAAAACUAUCUUCGCACACAACCUGGGCAUACUACCAGUGUAAAUCUUAUCAACUGCACUGUCGACUACCUGUUGAGACUUCAGGAGUCUGUAAUGGACUUCUACUGGCAUUAUUCCAGCAAAGAGGUGAUCGACGAAGGCGGUAAAGAGUAUUUCCUCAGAGCGAUUCAAGUCUGCAGUCAAGUAUUCAAUACACUUACUGAAAGCAUUCAAGGACCGUGCGUGGGCAACCAGAUGACUCUGGCAAACUCACGUCUUUGGGAUGCCAUUAACGGUUUCUUCUUCCUAUUUGCGCAUAUGAUGGAGAAACUUUAUCGGAAUUCGACUCAACUUGAACUUUUGAGAGAAUUUCUCAAUCUUCAGAAGGACAUGAUCGUACUAAUGCUGUCCAUGCUUGAAGGAAAUGUGCUCAAUGGACCUAUUGGGAAACAGAUGGUAGACGCGUUAGUAGAGUCCCAACCGUCUGUCGAAAAGAUCCUAAAAUUCUCGGAUAUGUUCUUGAAGCUUAAAGAUCUCACAACUUCACAGGCUUUCCAGGACUUUGAUACCAAUCGCGAUGGUUGGAUAAGUCCGAAAGAGUUCCAGAGAGCUAUGGAGAGUCAAAAGAUGUACACAGUAGAAGACAUCACCUACUUAAUGAUGUGUACUGACGUGAACAAUGAUGGAAAGGUGGAUUACAUGGAAUUCACGGAAAGGUUCCACAACCCUGCUCGAGAUAUUGGCUUCAACUUGGCUGUGUUGUUAACAAAUCUUAAGGAACAUAUCACUAAUGAUCCAAGGCUGGAAAAGAUUAUUGAGAAGGCUCACACUCUGCUCGAGUAUUUCGAUCCGUUUUUGGGUAGGAUCGAAAUCAUGGGGUCAAGUAAACGGGUAGAGAAGAUCUAUUUCGAGAUUCAGGAGUCGUGGCUUGAACAAUGGGGUAAACAACAAAUUCGUGAUUCAAAGAAUUCUUUCCUCUUCAAUGUACUUCAAGAUGAUGGUGGAGAUCAAGGGAAACUGGAAGCUUUCAUCAAUUUCUGUGAGGACACUAUCUUUGAAAUGCAACACGCUGCCGAAAUAUCAUCUGGUGACAGUGAUUCGAAAAUGGAGCGAGCAAUGAAGCAGAGAGACUAUUUCCUACAACAAAACAGCGCAGGAGAGCAACUGUCAGAAACCUUCAAGAGCGGAUAUAAGUACGGAAUCAAUGCAGCCUCGGCGUUGCGACCUGAGAAUGUGAAACAGGCUUUCAAGAGCAUUACCGGGAAAGUGAGGCAAAUGACCUGGAUGCAGCUACUUUGGGCAAUCGUUGUUCUAUUGUUCCACUGCGGAAAAGCGCUAGGAUACUGCGCAUACCUGUUACUGAUGACAUUGUUCCGAUUUGCAUACUAUCUCACCACGCCGGAUAGCGAAUAUGAGGGAGGGGAUAAGGAUGAACAAAACGAGUUGCAUCACACUCCUAUCUAUGGUCAUCCAAUCUUGCCUGAAUUCCAUCACUCUCAUAUCGGUGUAGAAGCAUUCGGAGUAGCUGCGGAGCAACUACCAACAGGAAAUCAUAACGGUAUUCCUGAAAUCAUCACCGAGGAAGCAACAUCGGAGGAAACCACUUCCCCAACCUCAGCCACAUCUCAUCCGCCGACUCCACCAGGAAGCGUCCAUAAACCACCAAGCUUAUAUGAGUCGAUCGGUGCUCCACAAGUUGCUGUUGCUGUAUCGGAUGAGGAUGUCGCUUCUGUCGCUUACGAACCGAAGAUUGCCGAGCAGAACAUCGGACGCAGCCGCGGAUCAAUACUUAAUAUGCUUGCUCGUAACUUCAAAACCAUCGAGAAGACUACGUUAUACCUUGCAUUUUUCAUCAAUGUUAUAUUGUUGUUCCACCGAGUUGACAUCAAACAUAUAGAUGCACCAGAAGCAAACGAUGGUGAUGAUGAUGAUGAUGCAAUUUCUGAGUCAGUGUAUAUUACUGGAAUGAUGUUACCGUACAUCGAUUACGAAGUCACUGGAUGGGUUCUCUCUCAAAUCUUAUACUGGAUUAGUGUGCUACAUCUGUCCACUUCAUUCGCGUUGUUGGUUUCGUUCUAUCAGCUUAAGAUCCCACUAAUCACAUUCAAACGUGAAAAAGAAGUGGCACGACGAUUGAUGUUCGACGGAUGCUGGAUUACCGAAGAGGAUAAUGAAGAAAGUGGUGUCAUUGACACCUUAUUGUGGUACCUCGAUCGGAUUGUUAUCAGCUCGAAAUCGUUCCCAAUGAUGUACUGGGACAAAUUUGUGAGGAGAAAGACUAGGCAGAAGUUCAAAGACCAGGUAGAUGAGGAAACGUUGUCGUCUAUACUCGGAGAGGAAAAGACUUCAGGUGAUAACAGCUUCGAUUACAGGUACACAUGCUGGCUUUGGAUCGGUGUGAUCCUUACAAACGGCCAGUUUCUCUACCGUGUUGGCUAUCUUCUUUGUUCGGCUUGUGGCGUUUUCAUCUCGCCAUUCUUCUACGCGUUCCAUCUUAUCGAUGUCGUGCUCUCAUUCCCUAUGUUAAAAGCAAUUCUUCAGUCUGUAACGCACAACUUACAACAGUUGAUCCUUACAAUUAUGAUGACAUUGGUGGUAGUGUACCUAUACACUGUGAUAGCGUUCAAUUUCUUCCGUAAAUUCUAUGUCCAAGAAGGUGAAGAUGGCGAAGAGCCUGAUCGUAAAUGUCACAACAUGCUUACGUGCUUCAUCUACCAUUUCUACGCCGGUGUAAGGGCUGGAGGAGGUAUUGGAGAUGAGUUGGAGUCACCAUAUGGAGAUGAACUCGAAUAUCCCAGGAUGUUCUACGACAUUUCCUUCUUCUUCUUCGUCAUUGUUAUCCUGUUAGCUAUUAUGCAAGGUUUGAUCAUUGACGCAUUCGGAGAGCUUCGAGACCAACAAGAGUCAGCCACUGAAAAGCUGGAGUCGUCAUGUUUCAUCUGUGACAUUGGCAAAGAGACAUUUGAUCGGAUGCCCAGAGGCUUCGAAAUACACACCACAAAGGAGCACAACUUUGCCAAUUAUCUAUUUUUCUUGCAACAUCUCGUCAACAAGGAUGACACUGAAUAUACGGGUCAGGAGACCUAUGUACGAGAAAAAUAUGAUAACAGAGACUGGGACUUCUUCCCGGUUGGUGAAUGUUUCGUGAAGCAGUAUGAAGAUCAGCUGUUGCAGUCAUAA